UCCGCCUUCAUUACAGACAGGGCAUUUUGAGUUCACUAUAAAGUAUACAAGUACCCGACAAUCCGCGUAUUCCUGUGCUCCGCCCCUACGAGCGCCAUUCCGAAUGGGGAUGCAGGCCCCAAUUCUCCAACCACGUCUGGAACUCGCCGGCGAUCUUUGCAUGCCCCGCGACAGUCGGGUGUUGGUUGCUGAAGAGCGGUCAGUACAGUGAGCGCGAUGCGUUCCCGCGCGCGGCAACGCACUCUGGGAAGACAUCUGCGAAGGUGACCCAGCCGGUGGUGUUGACGAGGAAGAUGUUCUUGUCGUCGUGCUCCGUUCUGCAUCGCUGCGGUCAGACGAAAUUCGGGAGUGUGGAUGGGGACAGAACGUGCUUUCUGAGAUUCACGAUCUUCUCGUAUUCUCCGGGGUAGUAGUAGAAGGUCGGCGCGUCGGCGCUUGGCCAGCCCCACUGCGAACCUGAAUUGAGUUCCAUGUUGGCCGAGCGGGAGCUGAACGCACGGGCGAGAGUACGAAGAUGGGAACAUGUGCGUACUCGCGCAUGGAUCGGAGACGGGCCAGGAAAUCGGUGUAGACCUGCUCGAACUGAUCUGCAGGGACAUUCUGACCGGAAUCGUUGGCACUGAGAACGAUCUAAUCAGAUCCGGCCCGCGGGUCUAGGGGGACGGACGCACCCGAUGUGGAUCACGAGGUGCGU